AUGUGGUCUCAGGACUUGAACCUGAGCGAUGAUGAAUUGCAGAGGCUGGGCCGCGAGCAUUUUCGAGACCAGUUCAACUACUUGCAGCAGUUCAGUCCGCACGAGCUGGAGAGAUUGGAAGAGUUCCGCUCCGAGCGCUAUCGCCGGCGCGGCGGCGAGUGCGGCUUGGACCAUCGGGACUAUCAGGAAGCCGCCGAUGAACACAUCUUGGAAGAGGAAGAGGACCCGUAUUGGUGGCGCGGGGAUCCUGAGACGCUGUGCUUCGACCUGCUCAGCACCUCCGAAGAGAACCUGACGCAUGGAGCGCCGACGACCAUGCAAUGGUGGGACGUGGAGCUUUUGGCCGAAUCGGCCCACUUCGUGGCGCUCACCAAGCCGGCGGGCAUGUUCGUGGUCACCGAUGAGCGGGGCCUGUGGGAGGAAUCGGCCACGAACUUCAUCCACGUGGCUCAUCGGAGGGUGGAGAUGCCGACGCGCUUUGAACCACGGCAGCGGGGCAUUUGUCAUCGCUUGGACUCGCACACCAGCGGUGUGCAGAUCUUUGGAAAGUCCUUUGAUGACUUCAAAUACUUCGUGGGGCAAAACAGCUCGCAUCGCGUGCAGAAGGAGUAUAUCGCGCUCUUGGAGGGCCGACUGGGUGGUGAAGAUGGGCCCUUCACGGGAGUGAUUGACGUGCCCAUGAAAAAGUGGCAGGAUUUCGUGCGACGUGAAUUUGGCAGCGUCACCUGUACCAAGGAAUCCCAAGGCCGCACCGCUGUGACGUGGUAUUCCGUUCUGAGGCAUUGGCGCGUGCCUGCCGUCGGCCGCUUGGCCUUCUGGGGCCAGGAUCGCUGGUUUACACUGGUUCAGCUGCGAAUUCUGACAGGACGGACGCACCAAAUUCGCCUGCACAUGGCCUUUCUGGGCCAUCCGUUGGUGGGAGACAUCAAGUACAACGCCAGCCGCUACGAGCACGACUGUGCAGUGGUGCCCCGAAUCUUCUUGCACUGCCUGAGAAUGGAAUUCCAGGACGUGGAUGGAGAGACCUUUACUGCUGCCAGUGAAUUGGCUCCCGAUUUGCAGAUGGUACUUUGCGAGUUGCAAAGACUAUCGGAAGGACACGACGAGGAGGAACGGAAGGGAGAACUUUUUCCAGGCCUAGCAAAGAUCUUGCAGCGAAGCAAGGCGCCAGUGGCCAAGCCCAGCGCACAGGAAGAUGAAAGCAUCCGGCACUUUUGCAAGAAUUGCGGUGAAUACGAGGUCGCCGAGCGGCGCCAGAUCCACGACCGGCGCGCGGACGAGCGCCGGGCGAUGUAUUGGCGGAUGAGGCCGCAGGAAGGCGAAGUGGAAGGUCCAUCGGAUGGUCGCGGCAAGUCUUGGGGACCUCAAAUGCUUUGGGUGCCGACGGAGUUGCAGAAUUGA